UCUGACUCUCAAACCCUCGGCAUCGUGGCCAAGGGCACUGGCUCCUAUGCCUUGUGGAAUGUUGGAACUGGCGUUUGCAUUCAUGAACAUAGCCAGGAUUCUGAUCUGGCCAUGGAAUUUCAGGCUGACGGAAUGUCCUUCACCUUUGUCGACAGCUCGUCAUUUAUGAUGGCCGGUAUCACCAAGAAUAACACAUCCGCCAUGCAAAUCUGGCGGUUAGAGACAGGGAGAUAGUGCACACAUUGGAGGGUCACCGAGAUACCAUCCGGGGGACCCUGUUCUCGCUAGACGGAACCUUGCUGGGAUCUUUCUCUGAAGAUAACACAGCCAUGAUAUGGAGCGUCGAAACAGGAGAAUGCCUUCAUCUGCUCGAAGGCCACUCUGACACAGUGACGGCAUUGUUAUUCUCCGCGGACAUGACCUUGUUUGCGUCAGCAUCAGAUGACAGAACCAUCCGCAUCUGGCGAGCUGACUUGAGUAACGGUGCUGCUACGUCAACUGAAAGAUACGAUCCGGUUCAGUCGGUCGUGCUGUCCCCCGACGGUCUCUUCAUCGCCUCAUGCACAGAGAGUGGGGAUGCGCAAGUUUGGGAAGCAAAGAAUGGCCAAUGUAUUCAUCGGUUCACCAACAGUUUCAUCCGGUCAGUGCGAUUUUGCUUGAAGUCGACGUUUUUGGCUGGAUGCUCUUCGGACCGCCUUUUCCUCUGGCGGGUAGACACCGGCCACCACGUCUUUGAGCACGUCGUACCCAAUGAAACAAGCGUUACAUUUUCUCCGGACGGUCGGUAUAUCUCACUCCAUGGGACCAGACAGUUUAUUUUUGACUUGGAGGCGAACUUUUUCCAUGAUAGAUUGGAUGUGAGCCAAUCUACUAAAUAUGGCAAGCUCAUGAUCCAUAACAUGGACCCUAUACGCGAUUUGAAGUUCUCACCAGAUUCUACGAUUGUGGCGACAUUGACAGAAGUCUCUGCGGCUGAAGAUGCGAUUUUCCACAUCCACCCUUGGGUAAAUACGACCUGGGCAAAUAAUGGCACGCGCAUAUUAAGUCUCUGGAGCCUUGAGACUGGAGACCUGAUCCGCCAAUUAGAAGGUUUGGACGAAGGGACUUUUCUGUUCUGUAUCUCUCCGAAUUCUGAGUUCAUUGCGUUGCGCGUGGGAUCAUCUAGGUUCCACAUCCUGCGAACAGCAACAUGGGAGAAGCAUGGAGAUAUUUACUUGGGAAAUGCUCCACUCGCCCCGCGAGGUAUCUUUUCUCCGGACGCCAGGCAGCUGUCCUGGGUUGACGGGCCCAUGAUGACUUUUUGGGAUUCUGAAGAUGAUUCAAUCAGUCGACGCAUAUAUCUCGGCUUCGAUGUAUCCCGCGUCGAAUUUGAUGACACAGGGAAGCAUCUUCUUACCAACUAUGGCCCUGUAUCAAUCUACGAGCCUUGUCGAGUGGUUGAGGAAGCACCUGUCCCUCAUCGGAGAUCUGGUUACUGGCUCAACCACGAGAAUCACUGGGUUAUGUGGAACGAUAUCAGGUUCUUCUGGAUACCGCCAGGGUUCCGACCGGUUAAUGAUAGUUGUGUGGAAGUGUCAGGGUCAACAUUUAUUAUUGGCUCUGCCUCGGGACAAGUGUCUGUUUUUAGGUUUACUGUUAAAGAGUUAUUAUUAUAGUAUUCUAAUCUUGAAACUAUGUUUUGCGUUUGUAGUCAUACUUAAA